AUGGGGUCUCUAGGCCAGAUUAGUAUGAGAGUUAAGAACAUGGCCAAGCUACUUAUCAGCACGUCGCGUGCCGGUCGAAGCGGUCAGAGGAGACAAGAACAAGAAAGCGUACAUGUACGAAGUACGAAUACGCAGAGGGGACAAGACAGACGAAUCAAGAAGUUGUAUUGUGAGUGGGUCGUCGAGGGCAAGAAGGAAGAAGAAGGAAAGGAGGAAGAAAAAAGAAAAGCGCUGAUCUACCUAGAGGGGUCACUCCACUCGCAACACUAG